CGGGUUGGACUACAAAUUGACGUCACGGCUGAACAGCUGUAUUUCCGCCACAUAUAAAGAGUCGAAAGUUUAAUUCCAGCACAUGUAACGUUGUUAGUAAGUUCUUCAGCGGUCUGUCAACAACAACAAAAAAUAUUGCAAUGUCGGCAUGUGCAUUGAGAGUGUUUCUCCAGCGAGCGGCUGUGAUGCGUAAAGCGGCACACCAAACAUUCAGUCAAACGAGAGCAUUUCCUCAAUGCGUGACCGGGAGCUACACACACAGCAGAGGAAUAAACACAUUAACUAAUUCACUAAGGGCUGAGGAGAAGGUGACAGUUCACUUUCUGAAUCGAGAUGGAAAAAGGAUUUCGGUGAAAGCUUUAACGGGAGAAUCACUACUCGAUAUCGUUGUUAACCAUGAUCUAGAUAUUGAUGGAUUUGGUGCAUGUGAGGGAACUUUGGCCUGCUCUACGUGCCACCUUAUUUUCGAGGAGGCCGUUUAUAAGAAGCUGGGACCUAUUUCUGAUGAGGAAAUGGACAUGCUGGACUUGGCUUAUGGGCUUACAGACACAUCUCGUCUGGGUUGCCAGGUGUGUUUGAGGAAGGAUCUGGAUGGGAUGAUUCUGCGUGUGCCAGACGUGAUAUCUGAUGCUCGAGUUGACAGUGAAAAAGAGUCCUCCACAGCCCCACCCAAAGUAUAAUCUAUAAAAUAAAGCCCAGUCAUAUAUCAUAAAAACUGCAUUAUGGAGAAAUCUUUAAUAGCAGGUAUUUUAAUAUGUGCUACUUUAAUAGAAAACUACAUUUUAAUUGAUAACAUAUAUUGUUUCAUAUUAUUUACAUGCUGCCAUAAGUAGUUUUUAUAAUUUUGGGGAUUGUAUUUUUUUAAAUUGUGCAGAUUCUGCAAUUCUUUGUGUCACAAUGAGAGGUGGGAGCAUCUUGUUGUUAUACAUUUUGAAUGCAGAAAUAACUAACUGAUUUAUUGCAAUAAAUAUGAUAUUUAACAUUUUA